GGUUAAAUUGUGCAAAACAAUUAAUUUACAAUCGGACCGAAAUAUAGAAUCGAUUGCUUUUUACAUCCCUUUGACAUAAUUGCAUUAAACAUUAGUGCAUUUUUGUACUUCUAUGGCGAGAGACGAGACCCUAUUUCUUGCCUUUCACAAACAAAAACUUGUGAUGUCAUUUACAUAUUAUUAAUAACAAGUUCUACAAGUUCCGAUUCAAAAUACUUACUAUUUGAUGAAAUGCUUAAAAAGUAUUACAAACAUAACUUUUGUAAACGUUAAAUAAGCUUGUGGCCUGCAGUGAAUGGGUGAAUAUUUAACAAGACUUGAUUGAUUAGUGAGCACCGAGUUUAAGUUGAUUGAAUAACCAGUGGUGAUGUGUUGAGGGGAAUGUCUCCGGUCCACUGUGUGGUGGUGUGGGAGUGGCAGCAUGAGGGCCAGUGGUUACCGCACUCCCCCGGCGUGGCGCGUACAUUGGAGCGAGCACAUGCCAAGAAGCUGACCAGGGUUGUGUUGUCAGACGCAGAGCCUGCGCUUAAGGGACACUAUGUCAACUUGCGCACUCUCACUCAGUCAUCGGACACACCAGGCGUGGAGGAGUGCGCGGUGCGGCGCGCGUGCUACAGCGUGCAGUCGCCGGGGGGCCGCGGCGCGCGCUGGGAGUGGGCGCGCCUGGCGGACCCGCCGCGGGCCGCAGAGCUGCUGUACGACCCGCUGCCUAUGGAAGUGCAGUGCCGGCUGGAGCAGGCGUGGGCGGCGCGCGACGAGGCCGUGCAGUGGGAGGGCUGGCUGCUGUGCCUGUGCAGCAUGACGGCGCGCGGCCCGCGCGGCUGCGCGCCCCGCCUGCUGCGCCGCGCCGCGCACCCGCCCUACCCGCUGGCGCGCUCCGAGCCGCCGCCGCCCGCGCCGCCCGAGCGCGCGCACGCCGACGGUCGAAGACCACGCAUUCCCCAACAGCACACAGGCUCCAGCGUGCACUCAGUGCAGUCCAUGCAGUCCAUACAAUCGGCCAGAUCCGUGCAGUCAUCAAAGUCUGUGCAAUCAUCUAAAUCGAUGCAGUCGUCCAAGUCUGCUCCGUUGCCGAGGGACAGGGGCGGUGCUCGCAGCGCCUCGCCCAAGGACAGAAAACCUGGAUUAGCUAGACAGAUUCUACACAACCUUAAUAUAUUUAGCAGCAACAACAACAAGUCGUCGGCAGCAGCAGAGGAGCAGCAGCACAGCGCUGAAGAGCAGCGGCACACCGACACCGAGUGCAGCAGCACGCGCUCCGGCCGCCGCCACAGCGUGGACACGGUCUCCACCUACCUCAGCCACGAGAGCAAGGAGAGCUUGCAGCAAGCAGCAGUUGGUGAACUGCUGAACUGCAGCGCAGGUAGUGACGAUGUCUUCGAGUCCAUGCCCCAGGAUCAUCCGGACCAGCUGGAUUCCACUGAUGACAGGAACAUAGGGGCAUUGGAUAGUUGCGGAGACGAGGCCCAGUGGGCCGACUGCCAGCCGGCGGGCGUGUGGCGCUGGGUGUCGGAGGUGUCGCCGCAGUGGGGCGCGCUGUGCUGGGCGUGCGCGCGGCCGCUGGACGACGCGCGCGCGCCGCCCGCGCGCGUCGUGGCGCUGGCGUGCCACCACGCGCUGCACCUCGCCUGCCUGCGCGCGCACCUCGACCGCCUGCGCGACCAAGGGGAGAGCGCGUACGUGGAGUGCGUGGUGUGCGGGCACGAGUUCGGGCAGCGCUCGCCGCGCGUGUUCGGCGAGCAGCCGCCCGGCUCCAUGGCGUGGCGCCGCCAGCCCGGCGCGCUGCCCGGACAGCCGCCCGACGCGGACGCCGUGCUCGUCACCUACAACUUCCAGUCGGGCAGACAAGGCCCUCGGCACCCAAUGCCCGGCGCGCCCUACUACGCCGUGGGCUUCCCCAGACAUUCCCUGCUGCCGGACACGCCUUUAGGGAGAGAGGUGCUGGGCCUGCUGCGGCGCGCGUGGGAGCGGCGCGUGCUGUUCACGGUGAGCGCGUCGCAGACGACGGGGCGCGAGCACGUGGUGGCGUGGCGCGUGCCGCCGCCGCCCGCCGCGCCGCACCACUACCUGCCGCCGCACGCGCCGCGCCCGCUGCCGCGCCUGCUGGCGCAGCUCGCGCGCCUGCUGCGGGAGGCCGACGCCUGACCGCCCACUCGCUCACCCACCGCCGCACAACUACUCCGGGACGUGAAAACAUUUUUAUAUCACGCGAACCGAUGAACAAUUUCGAAAAUGCCAAAAAGCACUUAUUAGAUAAAUACCUAAUGUAAACUCUUUUAAAAGAAAGACUACCGAACUUUCACAUUUGAAAAUGACGCGCAAAUACACCAGUGGCGUGUUUGGAGUGUAUGCAUGGGGUAUUCAGAUGAUAUAAAAUGAAGAAAAUCUGCAGUACGAGUAAUAAAAAGCCUACCCUUAACUAUUUAUAACUCGUACUGGACAUUUUCUUCAUUUUAUAACAUCUGCAUACCCUCUAUGUACACCACUGAAAUACACCCACCAUAUUGCUUUUUUUUUCAAUCGUUUAAAGACAGUGUCUCUCCAGAUGUGGUAAAAAUUCUUACGAUAUCCUGUUCAUGCAAAUCUGUUCGAGCAUUUAUAGUGAACUAAGAAACUCAAAUGCACAUACAUACAUAUAAACCUUGAAUACGUUACAAUUAUUUUUUGGGUGGUUAUGUAAAACUUAGUAUAUAAUGUUAAUCAUAUCCGCUUGAUAUAUUUGGGCCAUUGCUUUCCAUUUAGAUAGAAAUAACAAAUACCUGUUUUCUAUAAAAGAAUUGUGUGUUGGUGGGGUGUUUAACAUAAAAAUUAAAUUUCAAGUUCGAAAAGGAGACUAAUUUCUCAAUUUGUAAUUCAUAAUGUUAAGAGCACUGGAUGAUUUAGUAAGCAUUAUUUGAUUAAUUCUAGCCUAUUUGUCAAUUCUGUUAGUGUAUAUUGAAGUCCUAAGUAACGCGUAUAUUAUGAGUCAGCAUAUUUCUUGGAAACAACGACUAAUUUCUAUUUCAUCGGAAAAAUAUUUUCACGUCCUUAAAAGCAAAGCAUACGCGUUUUAGGUUAAGGAUUAUGUAGCGAAGUUAUACAAAACUGUUUAGACAUUAUUGUACUUUGUUUGAUGUAGGCGACAUCAAUGUUUACUGAGAAGUUCAAUUGAGAGACUGGAACAGAUCUGCAUUUAUCAGUAAAAUUCCAGUAUUAUAUACGUAAAUCUCGCCGAUAUUUUAUUUAUAUUUAUGUUUAAAGCACGGUCGAAAAACUGUUCAUCAAGCAAUCCUCGUUUCGUUUCCCCUACCAAAGUUCGCCAUCGUAAGGCAAAAAGUCCAGUUUUGAAGAUAAUUCCAUGAAAAGCUGGGUCAAGUGAAAACUUAUUUUUUUAUUAAUGACGUCGUCGACUCCAGCAACCUCAGUUAAAUUUGUGUGAAGAGUGGAUUUCAAAUAUCGAAACUCUGUAAGAGUAAACAUGAUCUAAUUAAAAUUGUCUUAAAGCUCAACUUAUUACGCAAUUCUAAAUCUGUUGUUUCCAGUUUCCACGGGGUCGGAAAGUGAGCCAAUUGGAGCCAGCGAUUCAUUCGUUUGGUGAUGGUCGGGAAAGAUCUCGGUAACUUGUUGGCGAGAUGGUGGUAAUAUAUCAGUGGCGAGAUGGUCUGGGCCUUAUUAUGAUUCCUGGAGUUGAUGCAGAUUUUGGUGUGUGUUCCGCCUGGGUAUUGGUGUAAUAGUCCAGCAGCAGCAAAUCGUAGUUAUCUUUAUCUGUCAGCAAAGUUACAGGUUGCGAGGGAAGAAGUUGUUUAGUAGUUCGUUAGCCGUGCCCGUGGAGUCGGUGGUGGUGCCGUCAGCUAAACCGAGGGUGGAUGGGGGUUGAUGUCUCAAUGAUACGAUUCGUGAUGAAGUAAAAGUCUUCCUUUUUUUGCUUAUUGCAAAAUUCUUUGAAAAGUUCUCUGGAGUACGCCUUUUUCAAGCAGUUCUGUUUAGAUAUGGAUAGAAAUAUAAAAUAGAAAAUCUUUAUUAGUAAAACUCCAUACAAAUAUUCUUUAGAUUCCUGACUCCUAAACUAGGAAAUUUCGUACUUAGGGGCUGUAGGGUGUUUUCUUUGCAAGAGUUUUACAAGAUUAGAAAAUAAUUGAUUCCAUUUCGUCACUGUACCACGUGGCCCGUUUGUGAGAGUGGCGAAGUGUGGUGGAGGUGAAUUUGACGACGUAUUUUUCGAGCUCGUUCUUUUGUUGAGAAUGAAUGUCAAUGUCGGUAUUAAUUGCAUCUUUUCAGCUUCUUGGAUGAGGUCCCUUUUACCGAAGCAGUGUGAUAUUUUUAUGAUGUGCUCAGAGGUUGGACUGACGUUCGGAUCGACGUUCACGUCAUGAACUGUGUUUCAGUUGGAAUUGCUAACUAAUGUUUAAUUGAUGAUCUGUUUUCGAUCGUUGUCAGUCAUACAGUCAACGAUGAGGUUCCCUCUUCUGUUUGUCCUUGCAGAACCCCAUAGACUAUAGAAAUAUUUUGAAUUUGAUUAAGAAAUCCAGCACGUUGCCCAUAUUAUCAAAUUCAACGAUGAGUUUCUUGUUUAAUAUCCCAAACAAUAUUAAUUAGAUCAAAAUGCAUUACAUUUACAUGGUUUCACUAUACAGACUAUCAAGGCCUCAAUUCAAGAACAAUAAGU